CUCAGCAAUGCAUCUAUGUAUCUUCACAAAACUUGAUAAGUAUCUUCAAGACUUUCCCCUGAAUGUACCCAGGAAGUUUCGUGACUGCGCUACCUUGUGGUCAAAAACUGUAACAACUUAAAUUUUUUUCCGUAUCAAAUGAAGAAUUUGCUAAAUUCACAGUUAAUUUUUCCUAUUAUUCCCUGGGGUAUGCUGAAGUGAAUGCAUGCCAACAUCUGAAAUUCAAGUGUACCUCCUGUCGACCAUUUUGGAUAUUGUCAAAAACUUUUUUCACUACUCUUCCUACAAAUUAUGUCCAAUCAACACCAAAUUUCAUAUUCAGACCAACCUGGACAAAAGUUACCAAAAGAAUAAUCGAAACGUUUUGACCAUAAUGUGCCAACAAAUCGGACGGUGAAAUUGCCAAUCAUGAAGUGAGGCUGUAUUUCAUUAAUGACCUUGCAACCUGACACAAAUCUUAUUAGAAGUCAUCAGGACCAUGUCCUGAAACUUGAAACUAUGCAACAAAUUUCAUGAUGGUGCCACUUAUUGGUCAAAAGUUACAAUAAUAUGCCAAAAAUCAUUCCAUCAAAGUGCCAUUUUUGCUAGUCCUCUUCCACAUUUUUGUCCAAUCUUGACCAAAUAUGGCUCACAUCAUCUUGAGACCUGUCUAAACAAUAGUUCUCUGAUAUUUAAAACCGUUCUCCCACAACAGACUGACAAAAUAAUUUGUGAAACUACAAUUUUUUCUUGAAUCCCUUUGCCUAUAGUUAUGUCUCUGCUUUCCUGUGAUUGCUUAUGCAACAGUUGUAGCACAUCUGUGAAUGUGCGGCUCACCGGAUCUGGAUGCUUGGCCCCCGAAAAUGCUGCUUACAGGUUUAUUUUUAUCUAUUUAUUUAUUUAUUUUGACACCAGAAAAAGAGUAAAUUCUUGUCUUUGGUAAAUGCCAGUUAACAACACAGAUGUAGAUAGAGAUUACGUUGAAAAACACUGGAGCAUUCCUUUAAAUACUACUAUGCUGCAUGUUCAUGGUUCAUUUUAUAUGCAUGGAUCUUAUAUAUCUGGGUGAGCUCUAGCUAAAACCUAGGGGGAAAAUAUAUCUGUAAUCCACAGGUUCCUAACCUGGACCUGGAAUACCCCUUGUCCAGCAAAUUUGAAUGUUUUACCUGCCUUAAUACAUCAACUUCAGCUUAGGAAGGGUUGUUAAUUAUCUAACUAGUUGAAUCUGAGCAAGGAAAACACUCAAAUAUGCAGGCCUACAGGACUAGCGUUGGGAACCUGUGAUGUAAUGUGUAAUCAUUUUUGUUUGUGACUUCCUCUGAAAAUUGCCCUUAGAAGGUCAUAUAGUCUCUCAAGCAUAUGAAUAAUGAAAUAAUCACACCAGGAAAUUUUUGUGAAACACUUUUUAAGUUACUGAACUGUAAUGUUUGCCUGCAGAGGGAGACAUUCACAACUAAUCAGAGCCACUCCAAUCAGAAAUAUGUUUUGGAGCUCAGGUCUAAGUCUUUACAUCCUCUCAGACGUACUCGGACCACUAUGGCAUGGCCAUGCAUUAGCCGGGUGUGCUGUCUGGCGCAGUUCUGGAACCAGUUUGACAAAUCGGACCUGUCUGUCCCACUGACCAUCCAAAACUACUCGGAUAUCGCAGAUCGGGAGAUCCGCUCGGUAACCGGAAACGUUUUCGCCGAGCGAGCGCAGACGCGUGAUCACGCCACCCCGGACCACAGAGACUCUUCCGCGGCGCAGGACGGCGGAGGAAACCGAGUGGGUCGCAGGCGCGCGGAGCCGAGUUCCAAACCGCACGAGGACGUGCCGUUCCCCAGCGUGACCCAGUAUAAACAGGACUACAAACCAUGGCCCAUUCCAAAAAAAGACAACUUUCCAUGGAUUAGUAACGGCGUCGGGAAAAGCAGCCCGGUAAAGCAGCAGCACCCAGCGCGUGCAGGAAAAGAAGAGCGCGCGGGCAGACAGAGACACGCGGAGAACGAAGCGGCCAAAACGAGCUCUUACAGAGAGGAGUACAAGUCCUGGGCAGGGGUGCAGCCAUCCAAGCCCAUUCUGAAAAGGCCUACAUUCCUGGGUAUGACUACCACCGAGCCUCCUCCUGAGACCAGCUACCAGGCUGCCUUCAGUGCCGACACACAAAGACAUGCGAACGUCAGUGUGCCGGACAUGACCACACGCACACAGCCCAACAUCGCAGAGAUGGCAGGCAGGCCUGAGGUCAGUUCCAGACCAGAGGAGCAGCUGGUGAGAACGAAGUUGUCUCCCAACCCGUCCGCUGUGUUCCAGAGUCGAUCACGAAUCUUCAACAUCUGACCCAGUGGACCAGUUAACCAGAAAACAAAUAUGGACUUAGGAUUUCACUUUGUGACAAUGCACACACAGCUCACUGAGCUUUUAGGGAAUGUUUCAAAAGCUGCAGCAACAACCUUUAACAGGCUGAAUCUGAAAUGCUACAGAGGGUUUAAGCGAUAAUCUGAAAGUGACUGAUGGUGUAAUAAAACACCCAAGAAUAUUACU